UGGGUGUGGCCGGCCGCCCUCAUUCCUAAUUUCUUUGAUACCAACGACCGAAGAACCGAAUAAAUAAUCAUGAUAAUGGAGUACUAAAACGACUACUGCGUGUUACUGAAACUAGUCUAAUUGUGUCACCCUUUAAAGUCCAAAACCCCCCGGUCAUUUAAUCCAACAGUAGACAAAGUACUCUAAUACUCCAUUAACGCCUUCUCCUCAGUCUAAUCAUCAUCCUCCCCACCCCUGAAAGGUGAAAAUCAGAGCUUCAGACAAACCACCAAAAACUGAGCAAACCUUUUAGUUCUGGUAUUGAUAAUAAGGAGUGAGCGGAGUCGGCAUCGCUUUUCGUGAAGUGGAUAUGGGAUUUGUGUUGGGGCUAGUGAUGGGAGUGAUCGUCGGCCUGGCUUUAAUCGUCGGCUUUGUUCGCUCCGAGAAUUCCCGAUCCAAACGCCGCUCUGAGCUCGCGACGACGGUAGCGGCGUUUGCUAGGAUGACAGUGGGUGAUUCUAGGAAGUUACUGUCGCCGGAGCAUUAUCCUUCCUGGGUGGUUUUCUCCCAGCAGCAAAAGUUGACUUGGUUGAACCUUCAGCUGGAAAAGAUCUGGCCUUACGUCAGUGAGGCGGCUUCGGAGCUAAUAAAAACUAAUGUGGACCCGAUUUUGGAGCAAUACAGGCCGGUAUUGUUGGCUUCAUUGUCAUUCUCCAAGUUCACACUGGGGACCGUUGCUCCUCAAUUUACUGGAGUUUCCAUCAUUGAAGAUGGAAGUGAAGGUAUAACCAUGGAGCUGGAGAUGCAGUGGGAUGGCAAUCCAAGUAUAAUACUUGAUAUUAAGACCUAUCUUGGAGUUGCAUUGCCUGUGCAGGUGAAGAAUAUUGGUUUCACUGGGUUGUUCAGGCUGAUCUUUAGGCCAUUAGUGGAUGAGUUUCCAUGCUUUGGAGCUGUAUGCUAUUCUCUGAGAAAAAAGAAAAAGCUGGAUUUUACACUUAAAGUAAUUGGUGGUGACAUAUCGACUAUUCCUGGCCUUUCCGAUGCCAUUGAUGGUACAAUACGGGAUGCUAUUGAAGAUUCUAUAACAUGGCCAGUUCGAAAAAUUGUGCCCAUUCUGCCAGGGGAUUACAGUGAUCUUGAACUAAAGCCCAUUGGCAUCUUGGAGGUGAAGCUUGUGCAAGCAAAGGAGUUGACAAAUAAAGACCUUAUUGGCAAAUCUGAUCCUUUUGCCAAGUUAUAUAUACGUCCACUCCGUAAUAGAAUGAAAAAGAGCAGAACCAUUAACAAUCAGUUAAAUCCUGUCUGGAAUGAACAUUUCGAGUUCAUAGUUGAGGAUGCGUCCACUCAACACUUGACUGUAAAAAUCUAUGACGAAGAAGGAGUUCAGUCUGCUGAACUAAUUGGAUGUGCUCAAAUAUAUCUGAAAGAUCUUGAGCCCGGAAAAGUGAAGGAUGUGUGGUUGAAAUUGGUGAAGGACUUGGAGAUCCAAAGAGACAACAAAAACAGGGGUCAUGUGCAUUUAGAGCUACUGUAUUGUCCUUUUGGAAUGAAGAAUGGGUUUACUAAUCCUUUUGCAAAGAAUUUCUCCAUGACUUCACUAGAGAAGGUUCUCAAAAAUGGUGCAGAAGGAAAAGAAGUUGCCGAAAAUGGAGAUGAAGUCAAGAAAAGAAAGGAGGUGAUUAUAAGGGGGGUACUUUCUGUAACUGUUAUAUCUGCUGAGGAUCUGGCACCAACAGAUCUUAUGGGCAAGGCUGACCCUUUUGUAGUGCUCACUAUGAAGAAAACUGAAGCAAAGAACAAAACCAGGGUUGUGAACGAAAAUUUGAAUCCAGUCUGGAAUCAGACUUUUGACUUUGUGGUUGAGGAUGGAUUACAUGAUAUGCUCAUAGUUGAAGUCUGGGACCAUGAUACAUUUGGCAAGGACUAUAUGGGAAGAUGCAUCCUAACACUAACAAGGGUUUUACUGGAGAGUGAAUAUAAAGAGAGCUUCGAGUUGGAAGGAGCUAAGUCUGGGAAACUGAACUUGCAUCUCAAGUGGACGGCACAACCAAUCUUCCGGGACAGGGAUUAGUAGACCCCCGGCGACUUGUACAACUAUAUAACGUAAUUACCCCAUACAAAGAACAUGAUUAAUAUAUGAAUCCCGAAAUUGGUAGCAGUCGCAUUUUGCUGUAUAUAAGUGCUUUAGGAUGACGGCGAGUCUCUUGUAAAGCAGCGGAAAUUUCGGACUUAUUACAGGCCAAUAAACAGAUUUGACGCAUCGUUUUUGAUUGUUUCA